CUCGGGGCAGAGAAAGAAAAACAGUUGGUCGACGGUUGGUUCUUGCAGGAAUGUCGCAGAAAGAAAGAUCCGGAUUUUACCUACAGGAGGUCAAUAAAACGAUAUGGGAAGUCCCGCGGCAGUACCAGGACCUGUCUCCGGUGGGCUCCGGCGCCUAUGGAUCAGUUUGCUCUGCGUAUGAUGAGAAACUGGGUUUGAAGGUUGCAGUGAAGAAGCUCUCCCGACCUUUUCAGUCCAUCAUCCAUGCCAAAAGAACGUACAGAGAGCUGCGGCUGCUUAAACACAUGAAACAUGAAAAUGUCAUCGGCCUCUUAGAUGUUUUCAGUCCUGCCACAAGUCUAAAAGAAUUCAAAGACGUGUAUCUCGUGACUCACCUGAUGGGAGCAGAUCUAAACAACAUUGUCAAAUGUCAGAAACUCUCAGAUGACCACGUGCAAUUCCUCAUAUACCAGAUCCUCCGAGGACUAAAGUAUAUCCACUCAGCGGGCAUCAUUCAUAGAGAUUUGAAACCCGGCAACCUUGCUGUAAAUGAAGAUUGUGAGCUGAAGAUACUGGACUUUGGCCUGGCACGGCACACUGAUGAUGAGAUGACCGGCUACGUGGCCACCCGCUGGUAUCGCGCUCCAGAGAUCAUGUUGAACUGGAUGCACUACAACAAGACAGUGGAUAUUUGGUCGGUGGGGUGCAUCAUGGCGGAACUUCUGACAGGGAAAACUCUUUUUCCCGGCACAGACCAUAUAAACCAACUCCAGCAAAUAAUGCGUCUGACAGGAACGCCCCCAGCAGCGCUAAUAAACAGGAUGCCCAGUCUUGAGGCUAGGAAUUAUGUCAGCUCCUUGCCUCCUAUGCCCAAGAGGAACUUCUCUCAUGUUUUUAUUGGUGCUAACCCACAAGCUGUGGACCUUCUGGAGAAGAUGCUGAUUCUGGAUGCUGACAAGAGGAUAACAGCCACUGAAGCUCUGGAACAUCCCUACUUCUCCCAGUACCACGACCCAGAAGACGAGCCCGAGGCUGAGCCGUACGACCAGAGCUUUGAAAGCCGAGAGCUGGAAAUCGACGAAUGGAAGCGAUUGACCUAUGAGGAGGUGUGCAGUUUUGUGCCGCCUGAUUACAUGGAGGGUUGAGACGAGCUACAACCACCACCUGUCAACAUGUGCAUUAAUUUUAAAGCCUUACAUCAUACCAGCUAUUUCUGAGUCUUUAUUUCAGAAACCUUGGCGAUUUCUUUUGAGGAGAUCAUUACUACCAUUAGAAAAGUGAAACUGGACCAGCUGUAAUUGUUAUUUAUAUACCAGAUAUGUUAAGGUUUUUUUGUUUUUUUUUGUUUGAGGAGUCAUUUUUGCCAAUAUUUCAAAAUUUUUAUCUUAAUUGUUUUUUAAUUUAAAGUUCAACUCUUGACUGUGACUUUUGAAAUGAGACAUCAGACCUACAGCUGUGCUGAUUUGGCUCUUAAACUUUCUGUUGAGUAAUAUUCUAUAAAUAAGCUGUUUUCUAUUAAUUCAUGACGGGAAUGUGCUUUUCUACAAUCCAGUUGGUCAAGCUUUGGCACAAUUUUUUUUUUUGUUUUACCACAAUUAUUAUGCGUUAAAAGAGAAAGCGUUGACUUUUCAGUGAAAUCCAGGAGGCCUUCGUAUUCUAUUAACACCAUUUCAAGCCCAUCAGCUUAAUUUAAAGACUUAAAAGUGUACUUCUUUCUUUGGAUAAAUGUCCUGUAAAGUCUUUCAGCAUCAUAUCUGAGCCCCUUCUUGUUGCAUCUAGGUAACAUGGCCAAAAAUAUGCAAUAAUGUCUCAGAGUUUAUGCAUUUUUUUGUGGUCGGAGAGCAUUCAAUGUUUGCAUGUACAUGAAGGCAUUGUGUCCACAAGUGUGGUGUUGACUUUGUGUUAAGGUCUUUAGUGUCAUGUGAGAACUUGUAACACCUUAACAGUGUAAAGAGGGAUUUGUAUUUAUUCUAAGUUGAGUUGGUAUUUAUAAGCAACAGUCGGUCUGCAGUUUACCUGCAAUUUCCAGUCCUUUUAACAAAAUAAAGACUUAUUUUUUAAG